CACUUCGCGAAGUCGCACAUAAUUUUUUUUCCAUCUCAAAAAAUUUCAAUUAUUUUUUUUUCUACAAAAUUUCUCAAUAUUAAUUAGAAUAAAAUUCUUAUUGAAAUAAUGAUAAAUCAAUUGGAAAAAUGUUAAAAGGUUUAAGUGCAACAAGAAGAAUAGAAAAGUUAAGAAAAUUUUAGAAAAGAUACGAAAAGAAAGGAAGAAGAAAAAAAAAAACCUAUUCAGUGCGUGUGAAAACAAAAACAACACACCAUUCAGCUACUAUGUGCAGCACUACUGGCUGUAUUUAUUUUUUUUCUAUUGUGAAUAAAAUAAUGAUGUGAUGAUGAAAAAUUGAUGGAUUUUGAUUUGAUUUUGGAUUAAAAAGAAUUUAUUCUCAUCAAAAUAAUAAAUUUAAGUGCGGAGUUAAUCAAUUCACACUCACACACACAAAACAUUCUAAUGAGGAAUAUAAAUAAUCAUCAUUCAGAUUUGCACAUUCUGUCCUGAACUUUCCAAGUAAAAGUACAUUACUCAAACAUCAACACACCAUGGAUGGGGAUGGCGAAGGUAAUCUAUUGGAGAUUAUGGAUCUUGCGCGUACUUUGCGCCAAGAACAACUUUUUAUCCAGAAUGAACAAGCUGCAUUUGCAACCUUAACCGAGUCAGUGGCUUUGAGUUCUUCACAAAUAGCUCAGCUUGCCUAUAUUUGUGCACAACAAAGACAAAACCUGAACGAUCUUAUCACUUCGCGACCAGAAUCCGGUCCAUCGAUCUGUUGCAAUCGGGCUAAUGGGCUUGAGAAUACCAAGUUUGUUGAUGCAAACAAAGCCAAGUCUCUUAAAUAUGAGUAUAUCAUUGCAUAUGUAGAGCUAUUCAACUAUCUUUAUCGAACUCCUUAUGUCCUGGCUAUGGCACUAUCCACUGGCGAUCGCAUUCCCGAAAUUACCCCAAGUCAAAUGAAUUCCGUCAAUCAUACCAUAGCAACGGGACUCUAUGGCAACGCAAUUCACACCAAGGAUGUUGAAACACUUCUCAAGCUGUUGCGAGAACUUAUAGAAAUUCAAAUUGUCGUUAGUGAGAAUCCUAGAAGAAUGAUUCGUGCAGGAUCAUCAUCAUUUGCAAGACUUUUCCACCGACUUAAUGAAUCUAUGUUUUCGGCAAAGAUAUUCCUCACAGCAGCAUUAUAUGAACCCUUGAUGAAUGUCCUUGUUGAAAGUGAAACGAUGCUGGACGUCGAUUCCAAUAAGGUAGUAAAGAAUUUCAGCAGCAAAGAGAAGCUUAAACGAUUUGGUGAAGAAUCAUCGCCAGACUAUCAAGAAAAAGUUCAGAAAUUUCGUGAAGAUAUCAUAAGCAAGCUUCAUAAACUUGCGAGUUCAUUUAUUACGAAUAUAACCGCCAAUUGGUCACUAUUCCCAUCGACCUUGAGAUGGCUCAUUCAAACUAUGUGCCAUCAAUUGAAACAGGCGCGAACCAAUGAAAAGGAUAUUAAUGAGAUUAUUACCGAUAUGGUUUUUACUCAUUUCAUUUGUCCGGCAAUUGUGAGUCCAGAUUUACUUGGCAUCAUUGAUGCUCCCAUCUCUGAGCUGGCUCGUUUUAAUUUGAUGCAAAUCGGUCAAAUCAUUCAAAUGCUUGCCCUGAUGAAGUAUCAAGAUGUGGAUCCAAAAUUCAGUGAAGUUUAUCAACUUUUUGAUGCAAAUAUUGUUAGUAAACUCUUGGAUUUGCUUUUGGUGAGUGAUUCUGGGGAGGAUGUUGUUGCAAUUAGAUCCCAACAAAGUGAUUUUGAGAGGGCCCAUCUUCUUAUCACUCAGUCCGAGUUGAAUACUUUUAUUGAGUUCUUCAGAGUUCUCCUGCAAAGUGAUGAGCUUGCUCUAUUGGAAGAAGAUCGUCUCAAGCUGAAGAAGAUAAUCGAUCACCUACCAGAGCAUGUUCAGGUAAAUGGUGAUGCACCAAGUCCUAUAGAAUCUUCUUCACCACGUUCCAAACAUAGCCUUAUCCAUUUGGGAAAGAGCACAAAAAAUAAGCUUUCAAAAAGUCUCAGCAAUGGAGCAACUGCAUUAACCAAUGGUCAUGCUUCUGUAAACUCUGCUCCGCUAUCACCAAAUGGUGGAGAAGAAAAUGAACAAGUUUUAGUUUUUCGCAUUUGCAUAUCCGACGACAAUACUCUGCAACCCCUAACCGAAGAAGAAGUUCUUAAAAUGAAUGCAAUUGGACAAGAAAUCACCGAUGAUGCCAAUAAUAUUGAAAAACUAGAAACCGAUGGAAUGGAUGGACCUUUAUUGAGGCCUUUGCAUACAAAAACAACACGUUUUUCACUUUCACACGACGAUGCAUCGAUUGGAAAUUCAGAUAAUCUUGAGGCAGUGAGUGAGGCUCCAAGUAAUCACUCAGUGACAAGCUCUCUAGAGCUAGAAGAGAAUGACCAGAAUGAUAAUCUCUCCGAUAUGGUUUCGGCAAAUGUAUCAGGCCGUGGAACACCAAAUAUUUCUGGACGAGAUACACCUUCAUCGCAGGUUACAGACGGUGAAUCUGUAACAAAUGUGAUACCUACUCCCCAGAUGGCCAAGUUGUUAUCAAAAGCCCGUUCCGAUAUUGAAGAUAAGUUUUGUAAGUUUGAGAUUAAGAAACUAAUGGAAGGUGAUGAGACUGUUUCAAUCAUAUCGGAUACCUGGAGUACAGAUGUGCUGGCUAGUGAUUCGGAGACUUUGGAUGCAAAUGAGCGAGAUCGCAAUUUCUCAACUCCACUCAUUCCAUCUGCAGUUGUUCUGCCGGGGGAUAAUAAUUUUGAUCCCUUAUCGAAUGCAAUUCCUCAAGCUAACUAUCUAGAAGGCUCUGAGACGCGUUCUGAGUCGAAUUGGAGUACCGAUGUAUUGGCCAGUGAUUCGGAAAAGCUUGCUGAGGUCGAUACCGAUGAUAACUUAAGCAUCACAGCCAAGUCUGACAUUACCAAUGCCUCAGUGGCAGAAAAUCUCUGCACUCCCGACUCACCUUUCUUUGCUCCUCGAGCAAUGAAUGUAAAUUAUAACCAACCAGAAUCUCCUGCUGAGGCAGCUGCUGGGGGAGUCCCUAAUGGACAACCAUCCCAGGAUUCGGCGUUUUUCGAUGGAUCCGACCUGCAGGCAAUAUCUUCACUAGCUCGGAGUUCAGUUCGCACUACAAACCAGUAUUCGGGUGAGAAUAGUUUUCAGCAAAAUUACAAGAGUGACAAAGAAUCAUUCUUAUCGCCUCGCAUGAGACGUCAAAACUCUGCCGAAAGCAGUAUCUCCAGUCAGAGUCUCAACAUGGAAGACAAACCAUCCAUAUCGAGACAGAAAAAGAAACAAAAUAGGCAAUCAACAGCAUCUGUUAAGGAUCUCAUAGAUUUUUCUGAUUUUGAUGAUGGAGCUGUUGGUCUCGAAGAGAAGGUUGUGCCAGUAAAUGAGGAUGAAACGGAAUCUUUUAGUGACAUGUUUGAAGCAGUUGUUGUUCACCGCAGGUCGGCCCAUGAACCAAGAUCACCGCCAUGUGAUGGACGUCGUAAUGGCAUUAUGGUGGAUUCAUCAAAGAAUUCAGAUCCCACCUCUUCUUCGUUAGUCAAUAUUCGACGUCAUCAGAGUUUGAACUAUGAAAACCAUGAGAUAAUUGUAAAUAAAAAUUCUCAAAGGAUCACUAUGACAGAGUCGUCUGUUAGCGACGAUGUCAAGUCGCAACAACAACUCAAUGACGUAGCCAUGUUAUCUCUGAAAACAGAAGAACUCACUCUAAAUGGCCCCUCGCAUUCAUCUAUGGAAAAUGUAGUUCCAGUACCGUCACAACCAGUUGCAUCUACAUCCACAGCAAAACCAAUCAAAUCGACAGGCGCCAUCCCAAAGUCAAUCAGUUUUGAUGCAUCUGCUGAUAAGUCAGCACGUAAUAUGCAUUUGCGUCGACUUCAGCAAGAACACACUCUUAAGGCUGCUUUGAUACCAUCGACAAGCAUUAGUGCUGCUGUAACGCAUGGCGUCAAUGGAUCUGGAAUAUUCAAUAAAUUGAAACAGAAUUUCUUUAAAAAUCGUCGUGGCAAUAAACACCAUGCAACAACUGAUGAUUUUCCCAGCCGCAACGUGUCAUUUUGUACAAAUGCUGAGACACUGGAAUUUAAUGAUGUUAACAUGCAGGUCGAUGCGGCAGCAAAUGACCCGCCAUCAUACUGUGAUAACAACGAAGAUAUUUUAGCCAAAUAUCGGACAAAAGCUUAUGCUUCGAAUUCGACAACGAAUUCCAAUUCAACGGAUAAUAGUUGCCAUGUAAAUCGAAAGAAUUCCACCGAUAGUGACAAUAGAAUUCCUAGCGUUGUUUUGCAUGACAAAGUGGUGGCUUUUAAUAUGGUCAAGCGAAAGAUACGCAAAGUUUUAUCUAAAACUGAUCUUCAUACUGGUGAUUUUCGACACACCACAUUCUCUAAUGCCUCGCCCUUGCUCACAUAUCUGCAAAUUCAAAUGGCCCAAGCAAUUAACUUGCAGAAUUCCCAACAAAUCUCUUUUGUAUCGGAGGCAAUUAGAUGUCUGGCAACACUGGAAGCACCACAGCAUCAGCAGCUAAUGGAAGAACUACAAAGUGACAUUCUUAAACGGCAGAGUUAUUUGCAAUAUCUAAUGCGUUAUCGCCAGAAUUUACUCUUGAUAACGGAAAAUAUCAAUCAAUUCGAUCAACGUUUGCGUAGUGAAACAAAAAUAUGUAACAGGCAUUUGGUAGCUGUAUGUGUGAGAAUGUUUUUGGAGAAAAGAGAAACUCGCAUUGAGACUUUCCAUGAAGAUUUUAUCAAACUUACUGCUGUCGAUGAUAGGAUUUAUUUGUUGGAUGUUUUUAUGAAAGAUUUAAUGUCUGAAUUGGCGGAUGGUGGCGCAUUAAAUGGCAUGGCCGAAUGGCAGCUACAAGAGGCGAAAAUAUCAAUAGAAAGAGCUCUUUUGCAAAGAUUGUAUCAGCAUGUGAUGUUUCCAAAUGAUGAAGUUGAUUUGAAUAGAGAUAAAGUUUUAAACGAACAUAUCCGAAAACUUCAACAAGUUAUAAGACCAUCUCAUCCAGCAUUACGUAUACCACCAGAGUAUCUUACGGAAGCACCAUGGACAUUUGCUCAACAACAAUUAUAUUACAUUUCAGCAUAUACAACUCCACAAGAGAAACUGCAGUGUGUAAUAAGAUGCAUCACCAGUAUAAUGAACCUCCUGCAAAUGGCAUGUGAUCGUAUACCGGCGGCCGAUGAUUUGCUCCCAGUUCUCAUAUAUGUUGUGAUCAAGGCCAAUCCGCCCUAUUUAUUAUCAACAAUCGAAUACGUUACAAGUUAUAUUGGUGAAAAAUUAGACGGUGAGGAACAAUUUUAUUGGACCCAAUUUUGUUCUGUGGUUCAAUUCAUCAAAACCAUGGAUUAUUAAGCAGAAAAAAAAUAUAUAUAUAUUUAUUCAUUAUCAUUCUCCCCUUUUUACACCAAAAUUGUUUUUGUUUCUUGUCUAUUGUUUACUUUGUUUUAGAAAAAAAAAAAGAAAUGUAUUUAAACAAAAAAAACCCUUGUUACAUUUUGCCAGAUUUAUAAAUAUUCUUAAGCAGAAAAUUGUUAUUUUUUUACAAUUGUAUACCCAUUCUCAGCUCGCAAAGUUGAGAUAUUAAAACCAACCAUAGCAAAAAUUGUGUUUCAAUAUUAAAAAAAGAAAAAACAAAAAAACAAUAAAAAUCUUUUUUACAUUUUUUCCAAAACAAACUAACAGAAAAAAAAAAAUAAUUUAAAGAAACGAGAGAAAAAGAAAACAGUUGUAACAAUGCAAUAACUAAUUAUUAAGUUAGAUUACUACAGAAUAUUUCGCAUACAUAUAUACAACAUAUAAAGGCGUUUGUUUAUUUAAUAAAUACAAAAAGUUCUAAUAUAUAAUUAAUUGAAAAUAAUUGCCAGAGGAUUGUUCUUUUUCUAAAUAAAUGCUUCAUGGAUAUAUAAAAUGCAAGUUUUUGUUUUUUGAAAAUAAAAAGAACGGAAAUGUGUAAGAAAAGAAAUAUAUUUAAUAUGUAUGCAAAUUCUGUUUGUUUUUUUUUUUUUUGUAAUAAAUUAGUGAAAGAUAACCAGAUUAAUAUUAAUAGACCAGGUGCUGGAAGUCAUUAGUUUUGCAAAACAAAGUGAAGCUAACGUUUCUUUUGUAUUCCGUCAGAAUUAUGGAACACAUAUUUCAAAACUUUGAAAAGUUAAUUUUAGAAUAUUUGCAGUUUAAAGCGCGUUUAUAUUUCGAUACUAACGUUUUUUUUUAUAUUGAAAUCUUUUGGACAAUAUCCUUUUCCUAUAGUUUGUUCAUACAUAUACCGAAUACAUUUUAAUGAAGCAGUGGCCAAGCACUAUUGUUUCUAAACGUAAUUUUAUUUAACUGGGGGAAAGAAUCACAUUGUAAAUCAAAAUAGUUUUCUUUUGUGCAUGUUUUGAAUGCUCCAUAGAACUGAAUAAGCAUCUUGCAGAAUGUUAUUUCAAUAAUAACCAAAAAUAAAGAACGGUUUAGUUCAACUAAAUUUUGCAAACGAUAUAACUUCUUAAGCACCUGCAAUAUAUAUGUAUUCGCAUAUUUUUUCGAUAUUUAUUACAUAUAAUUCUUAAAAAGGAAAUAAAACAAAA